GUUUAAAAGCACACAAACACAGUCUCCUUUUCUCUCAUUUUUUUAGAUGCUUCUCCUCUAGAUCAACCAAUCGAUACAUACACAGAUCGAUAGAUACCGAUUAAGCCUAUAGAUACAGAUAGAAGCAUCAUGAAGAUGAGUUCGUUGAAUUUAUGUUGUUUUCUGCUGAUCGGCUGUUUGAUUUCACAGAUUUAUGCUUCUUCUGACGCUAUAUUUUAUGAGUCGUUUGAUGAACCGUUCGAGGGGAGCUGGAUCGUGUCCGAGAAGGAGGAAUAUUCCGGUGUAUGGAAACACUCAAAGAGCGAGGGACAUGAAGAUUUUGGGCUUCUUGUGAGCGAGAAGGCUAGAAAGCACGCAAUUGUCAAGGAGCUAGAAAAACCUGUUGUGCUCAAGGAUGGCACAAUUGUUCUCCAAUUUGAAGUUCGUCUUCAGAAUGGUCUUGAGUGUGGUGGUGCAUAUUUGAAAUAUCUUCGACCACAAGAGGCUGGCUGGACUGCCAAGGGAUUUGAUAACGACUCACCUUACUCCAUUAUGUUUGGCCCUGACAAAUGUGGUGCUACAAACAAGGUUCACUUUAUCUUCAAACACAAGAACCCGAAAAGUGGAGAGUAUGUUGAGCACCAUCUCAAAUUCCCCCCAUCUGUACCUUCAGAUAAAUUGACUCAUGUGUACACUGCCAUUUUAAAGCCAGACAAUGAGGUCAUCAUAAUGGUUGAUGGUGAAGAGAAAAAGAAGGCUAAUUUCUUAUCCUCUGAUGACUUUGAACCAGCACUUAUCCCUCCAAAAACUAUUCCCGACCCAGAAGAUCAAAAACCCGAAGAUUGGGAUGAGCGUGCUCAAAUCCCUGACCCAGAAGCCAAAAAGCCUGAGGAUUGGGAUGAGGAUGCACCUAUGGAGAUCUUGGAUGAGGAAGCUGAGAAACCUGAAGGCUGGCUAGAAGAUGAGCCUGAGGAAGUUGAUGACCCUGAGGCAGUGAAGCCUGAGGAUUGGGAUGAUGAAGAGGAUGGUGAAUGGGAAGCUCCUAAAAUCGACAACCCAAAAUGCGAGUCUGCACCUGGCUGUGGAGAAUGGAGGAGACCAUUGAAAAGGAACCCAGCUUACAAGGGUAAAUGGAGUGCUCCUCUUAUUGAAAACCCGGCUUACAAGGGUAUCUGGGAGCCACGCCAGAUCCCUAACCCUGAUUACUUUGAACUCGAGAGCCCCGACUUCGAGCCAAUCGCGGCUAUUGGUAUUGAGAUCUGGACAAUGCAAGAUGGUAUCUUGUUUGACAACAUUUUGAUAACAAAUGACGAGAAAACAGCAUUGACCAUCAGGGAGACUACAUGGAAGCCAAAGUUUAAGUUGGAAGAAGAUAAACAAAAGGCAGAAGAACAGUCAGCUGGUUUAGAUGGUCUCAAGGGAAUCCAGAAAGCUGUGUUUGAUGUCCUUUACAAGAUUGCGAAUCUACCUUUCUUGGGCGACCACCAGGAAAAGAUCAUGGAACUUAUUGAGAAGGCGGAAAAGCAACCAAACAUCACAAUUGGCGUCAUAGUUUCUAUUGCUGUUGUGAUCUUUAGCAUUUUGUUGAAGUUGCUGUUUGGUGGGAAGAAAGCGAAGAAGGCGGUGACUGUGGCUCCACAAAAGGAGGACGAAGGUGAGGCCUCCAACACCGCGGCAGCAGCAGAAGGUGAAGAGGAAGAAAAGAAAGAAGAGCAGAAUGACCCCCCACGUAGAAGGACAAGACGUGACAACUGAUUGUUGAAGAUUAAGGAGUGCAAUUGUUGAAGUCGGUGAGAUUAGGUUCAUAUCUGGUAAAAUCUAGUGUUUAGUGGUUAUUCUCAUCUAAUUACAUGUUUCUAUAUCUUCUUUUUUUUGGUUAAAAUACAUUUGAAGUUUUUGUCGUUUAGAACGAAACGAAAAGCUUGUAUGACGUUGUAAAUGAGAGAUUUUUAAUCUAGAGCCAGGGUGUGUUCCAGUUUGGUUUUC